UGCUGGUUUUGUACCCUACAUCUAUGUUAAGCUGUUCAACGUUCUACUAACACUAUUUUAUGUAGUUAUAAUAAGAUAAUAAAUUGAGACAGCUGAGAGAGUUUCUGUUUGAAUGUCCUUAAAUUACAGUAUUCCAAAUAGCAGAACUUCUGUGUAUGUGAUGUGACUGAUAACCUGACAUGGUUUAGCCUUUUCCCACACCUACUACUUGCCUGAUCAGCCUGCUCUCAGCUUUCUCAUUUUUCUGUGUUGUAUUGAAGCGGUAUUCUAAAUGUAAAAUGACUGACAUUUUAUUUUAAUGUGUAGAUUGUCUUUGAGAACUGCUCACCAGUGGAGAUUGCAGUGGCAAAGUGUUCCUGUGUAGCUGGAACAGCACUCUGCAACCACAAUGUUGCACUGCUGUUCCAGACCGCACACUACUCCACACUCAACCUGGCUGCUGUACCCCCUGUCCUCAGCUGCACUGAAACAGAGCAGCGAUGGCACAAGCCAAGAACCAUGGGUGUGAAACCAGGCAGAGUGACAUGGUGUUCAUUUCCACUAAGCCAAAGCAGUUUACAGUUGCUGACGGUGUAAGGAGUACACGUUACAAGGCCGUGCGGGGGAAGCUGCCAGACCCAGAUGUCCUCAAAGUCAGCGAGGUAUACAAGGACUUCUCAGCAGACAUCGCACCACUGAUCACCACCAUGGCUAUAAGUGUGGACGUGCCACUGGUUAACUCCACCUUUGGAAAAGUUCAGGAAGGUAGCCCUAUCUCAUACCAGCAUCCACUACCUCUUAGCUGGGUUAUAGUGCGUCACCCAGAUGCCCCUCCACCACCACCUCUACCUGUGGAUGGCUAUAGGCUGGAGCCUACCACCUGUGAGUUUGUGUGCAGUCACCAACAGCACCUCCAUCUACUGUCACUUGCGACAACAUUGCUCAUGGCAAGGAAAAUCGAGGUGGCCACAAGGGAGCAGAGCGACAGUGUGGAAUGGCACCGUGUUAGGAGGCCAAGAAUAACUUCUUCCCGUUUCAGGGAAGUAUGCCAUGUUCGAAGUCAGAGUUCGGCUGAAAACUUAGCACAACGGAUUCGGAAGGGAGUGGCGCAAACGGCAUCAAUGAAGAGGGGACUGGCACUGGAACCGGUUGCCAUCCAGGAAUACUGCCGGAUUAAAAACACCAAUUACUGGCCGUGUGGGUUUGUCAUUCACCCAGAUGCCCCCUGGUUAGGGUCAUCUCCUGACGGUCUGGUGUUUGACCCAACUGAGAGCCCACCUUUUGGACUUGUUGAAAUAAAAUGCCCAAAUGCAAAAAGUUAUGUGGACUGUAGCUACUUAAAAAUGCAAAGUGGCACAUUAAAACUGAAGCAGUCUCAUAGCUACUAUUGGCAGGUGCAAGGCCAGCUCCUACUCACAGGGAUGGAGUGGUGCGAUUUUGUCGUUUUUGCAGAGGAGGAUAUCCUUAUACAGCGUAUCUGCAGAGACUGCGAGGUGGCUACAACCAUUAGGGAGAAGGGAGAUUAUUUUUAUUUUUAUUUUUACAUGGACUGAUAUGCACUACACUACAUUAGUGUACCACACUACAUCACACUACAUUACUGAUCUAACAUGAAUAUUUUCCUGUAUAUAGUUCUUUCAAUUGCUAAAACCAGAACCAAGUGUGUUCUAUAAGUCAAAAAGAUCCUUUAGUCAAAGGACCUAUGUGAGGAAGAAAGGGGUGUUUAUUGGCAGACAUUUAAUGUCAUAUGACGUUAUUCAUUAACAAAAGUUGUGGAUGCUAACUAACUUAUCUUGCAUUGAUCUGUUCAUCUGUUACAUAAACUAGCAUUACUUAAAUAUGCAGAGACUAAUUGAAAUGUUUAAAUAUGUAUUUUUUUCCCCCGAUAUAACAUCAACCUAUGUUUUGUAAAAGUGUAUUAAAUGAAUCUGUAAAAUGUUA